AUGCAGACCAUUGUUUCUUCAUUUGAUGCAAUAGCAGGAUUUGGGGCAGCUAAACCCUACACAGCACUUGCCCUCCAAACAAUUUCACGUCACUUUCGUUGCUUGCGUGAUGCAAUAGAUGGUCAGAUUCGAGUAACAAGGAGAAGCCUCAGGGAACAAGAUGGUUCAACAAGUAGUAAAGAGGUUGGAAUAUCUCGCCUUCGUUAUGUGGACCAGCAGAUCAGACAACAGAGAGCCCUUCAGCAGUUUGGUAUGAUGCAACAACACGCGUGGAGGCCACAGAGGGGGCUGCCGAAAGCUCUGUCUCAAUUCU